UGCCUCACCCACAGUGACUUCAAAUGUUGCGCCACCAAAAGCAGAUCCCCGCUACAAACUCAAGUAAACCCAAAUGAACGCUUUGAUAUCCAUGGAACAUGGUGACAACAAUUAAAAUAACCUGCGAUGGGAUCUUCAUUCAAUCCGCAUCGAAUUCGGAUCUCAUGCCCACGGCAGCAGCAGCAGGAACAGGAUCUGAAUUAACCCCAACGGGACUACGAGAAGCAGCAGAAUCCCUUGGGUCAGACCACAAUCUAAACGAAAGCGACAACUCGCAGACGAGCAGCGGGAGUCAGAGCGCCUCCAGCAGUAGCCGGCGAACUCAUCGAUCGACGGGGGGAUCAGGAGGAGCAGGCGGGCGUCAGGAUACACGCAGACGUUACUAUUUCGGAAGCAAGGACAUCUACUGGUGCAAGCAGAGCCUGGUGCCUGCUGGGGGCGGACUGACGCGCAGUUCCAGCAGCAUCACCCACAAGGAAUCGAAAUCCACGAGCGGCACUCUAUCGGCCGGACAGGUGAUAGCAAAGGCACGCCGCAAGCCGAUCCUCCUCUGCAGCAGCCUCAGCGCCGCAUAUGCCCCGCCACGUCGCAAGGAGUUUUACUUUUGCGACAAGUAUGCGCCCACCAGCGGCGGAAGAGGCGCAACCGGAACCCACACCAAGAGUGCAGCAGCUACAGUCGCAGCCGCUGCCGCUGUCCCAACGCCCCAACCCAUCGAUGCCCGUUUGCUGAACUUCCUGCGGAGCGCUCAUCGAAAGUUCCAGGCGGCCAAAAGCAAAACGGAGCAGCAGCAGCAGCAGCAGAGCAGCAGCCACACCAAAGAGAGAUCCGCAGAGAGAUCGAGAGGAAAGGGCCAGUCCCAGACCCAGACCCAUCGCUCCCUUCCGCCCAUCGUGACGACCGAUGAUUGGUUCGACGAGGACGCAGCCUUAGAGAAGGAAAACUGCAGAGAAGGAAAGCCGCAGAAGCAGCAGCAGCAGCAGAGGAAAGCCAAGGAGAAGCAUCACUCGAGGACAUCUUCGAGCGAGGGCCAGGACCACAUUACAGUUGAGAUCAAACAAGGACACUUGAGAAAGCAUUCAAAGGCCAAAGAAACAGUAGAUACAGUAGACACACCACCGUGCACGCCACAAGCAGCGUCAACGGCUAUGAACAGUCACGCGACCGCCACACAGAACGGACAAACAACGGUCGUCGGACACCAUCGGGGAUUCUCGCAGCCAUCGGUGACGGUGGCCGCCGCAGCAACGUCGACGGGCAGCACAUCGGGAGAUCCAUGGUUCCUGCAGACAACCGGGCACCAGAUGCCGCCCACAGCACCGCUGCGUCACAACAAGCGGCCGGCGCCACAGCCGAAUGUCGCCGGAGGUACAGCAGGCUCGGCCGUGGGUGCCGUGCUGCUCCACCAGCAACAGUUGAGCCAAUCGCAGCCGCACAUUGUGCCGCCGAGCAUACCGCCCCACCAUCACCAUCAUCGCGAGAACAAUGUGCAUCCCAGCCAGGCCGGAGCAGCGGUCGCCUUGCAUUUGUCAUCGCAUGCGCUUAAUAGUCAUAAUUUAAUCAGCAGCAGCAACAGCAGCGCCAGCAAUCACCAAUCGCCCAAAUCCCCCAGCCAGACACAGCAGCAGCUACAGACGACGCAGCAGCAGCAGCAGCCGCCACAUAGUAUACUUUCCACAUUUGCUCCUGUGGCUGCCGCCCAACCGCCUGUCCCGCAGCAACAGCCAGCGGGUGCGGGGAUAACCGCAGCAGCCGUGGCCGCCGUUGCCCAGCAACAGCAGCAGCAGCAUCUCCAGCUGCUGGCCAACUGUGCUGCUGCGUCCGGCGGCAAUCUAAUGUCCUCCUCGAUGAAUGCCGCACAGAUGGCCCUGCAUGCCGCCGAGCGGGCACUGCCGCCAAAGAGCCUCGCGCUAAGUGGAAGCCAACACGGCAGCAACAUGCUGCUUCACACUGUGGCACCUGCCUCCGGCACCCAAGUGCCGCCACAGCCAUCCUCCGGUUCCAGUGGGACGGCGGGCAUGUCCACCUCCCUGCACAGCUUCGACAUCAACGGGGCAGCGGGAUGCGGAGGAGUGGGCGUGAAUGUGAAUGCGGCAAGCUCUUGGUCGAGCGGCUCCACCACAGCCAUGAACCAUGCAGCCUCCCUGUCGCCCACAGCGCCGGCCCCACAGCAGCUGCGAAAGUGCGAGGUGAAGCUGAAUGCCAUGCCGUGGUUCCAUGGCAGCAUAACCCGAGACGAGGCGGAGCAUCUGCUGCAGCCGCGCGAGGAUGGUCUCUUUCUGGUGCGCGAAUCCACAAACUUUCCGGGCGACUACACGCUCUGUGUCUGCUUUCAGUCGAAGGUGGAGCACUAUCGCGUCAAGUAUCUAGAGAAUAAGCUAACAAUCGAUGACGAGGAAUACUUUGAGAAUCUAGGACAACUUGUGGCGCACUAUGAAGCGGAUGCGGAUGGCUUGUGUACGCAGCUAAUCAAAUGCCUGCCAAAGCUGGGGAAACAAGAGUUUUGCAUCAACUCAAAGGAUUUCGUGGACAAGGGCUGGGUCAUACCCGAAGCGGAGUUGCAGCUGCGCGAGAGUAUUGGCAAGGGCGAGUUCGGGGAUGUGAUGCUGGGCAUUCUACGCAACGAGAAGGUGGCCGUCAAGAUGCUCAAAGAUGAGGGCGCCGUGCAAAAGUUUCUAGCAGAGGCAUCCGUCAUGACCACUUUGGAGCACGAUAAUCUGGUCAAGUUUAUUGGCCUGGUGUUCACCAGCAAGCAUCUGUAUCUGGUUACGGAAUACAUGAGCAAGGGAUCACUGGUUGAUUACCUACGUUCGCGCGGACGACAGCACAUAACCAAAAAGGAUCAAAUUAUAUUUGCCUUCGACACUGCCUCUGGCAUGGAGUAUCUGGAAGCUAAAAAGGUUGUGCAUCGCGAUCUGGCUGCACGCAAUGUCCUCAUAUCCGAGGACUGUGUGGCCAAGGUAUCCGAUUUCGGUUUGGCACGCGAGGAAUGCUAUAAUCUCGACGUUGGCAAGCUGCCCAUCAAAUGGACAGCACCCGAGGCGCUCAAGAAUGGGCGCUUCUCCAACAAAUCGGACAUGUGGAGCUUUGGCAUACUGCUAUGGGAAAUCUACUCCUUUGGGCGUGUGCCUUAUCCCAGAAUUCCUCUGGCCGAUGUGGUUAAACACGUAGAAGUGGGCUAUAAAAUGGAAGCGCCCGAGGGCUGUCCACCCGAAAUCUAUGAAAUGAUGCGCCAGGCAUGGGAUCUAAAUCCGGCCAAGCGACCCACAUUCGCGGAGCUGAAAGUGAAGCUGCAACUGCUGAACAAUGCCACAGCGUGAGGAGAUAUGCCGUUCCACAAAGCGAACUUCAAGCAGCACUAAAAGCGGCAGGGCGCUGCCACAGAACGGGGAUCACAGAGCCCUGGCCCCUCGAUCCAGUGGAACACUAGACACUGGUCACUGGACACUGGACCCUGGACAUGACACUGAACGCAACAAUUUUUCGUACGAUUAUAUACAUGCAUGGAAUAUAUAUAUAUUUAUAUAUAUGUAUACAUGUAACAACUAAUUUACCACAAAAUUUAUUUACAUAUAUAAUUUAUGUCGUAAGUUUUGUAAGCGUAAACCGUAGGCAUAAGCGAAAGAAGAAGGAGAACCCAAAUCCAAACACAAUCAACAAUCAUCCAAAAGUGACUCCCAAAUGUUAGUGAGAGUCCGCCCCAGCCACAGCCCCCUGCCCCCCCAAAAGCCACAGCUUCCGACAUAUACAAUACAACGUUGUACGCGCGAGUAAAUCAAUAAACUUUUGAAGCAUUAAUUAAUCAACCAGACGAUCAGAGAGGGAGAGGAGUCGCUUAGAGAGGCAGAGGCAGAGGUACUCUUCCUACUACUACUACUACUACUAUCUUUAAUUACAUGUUAUGUGUGGGUGGUGUACUCUCUUUUAAGGAUCAACGUUUAUUCUUCUACUCUGCAUAUUCGUAAAUCAAAUUGUAUCAUUUAUGUUAUAGAAUACGCAUACAUAUGAGUGCCAGCAGGAGAGGAGUGGGCGCAUGUCUAAACCAAUUGUUUAUAGAAUGUUUCUUCUCUUUUAAGUUUUAUUCAACGACUUGUUUGUAGCACAAAAAAAAGAAUGAGCGAGAGGAGAAGGAGGAGGAGGAGGUGGAACUUGUCCAACAAGUUGGCUUGGGGAGGCAAAAAGCAGAAAGUUAGUUAAAUUUAGUUACAUUUAUUUCUAUGGAAAAUAUCGAGA